AUGGCCAUGUCUCCUCAGAAGAAGCUCCCAAUGUGCACCCUGCCGGAGGCUGAGCAGAGGUCUUUCGAGGCGCUCCUCGACGACGUGAUGACGGGUAUGCUUGCCGCUCCGCUCGACCUGGGGCGGUUCUCGGCGCACGGGCGAGCACUGAUCGCAAGGAGCAAAGUCUGUCAGAUGAUCUCCAAGGUCAUGGCACAGCCAAAUAAGCAUCGGCAGAACAUUAUCGCCGACCUCAUGAAGGACUCUGAAGAAGGCAAAGGCUUCACGGAGGAGGAGAUUUCAGACACGGUCUUCACCCUCCUCAUCGCCGGGAAGCUCACCACUGCAGACGCCUUGCCAUGCUUGCUGGUGCAGCUGUUCAAGCACACGAGCUGGAUACAGCGCGUCGCUGCAGAGAACCUUGAGAUGAAGAGCCCUGAGGAGGACUCGGUGACCCUGCGGGUCGUGAAAGAGUCGCUGCGCCUCAAGCCACCCGCAGGUGCAAUCCGGCGGGUGAACCGCCAGAAG